AUGGAUACAACCCUUACUCAAUUUAUUGAAAAACUCAGGCAACAAUUAAUUAAAAUUCAAGAAGCCGUAACUGCUGGAAAAGUUACAACAACUGAAGUAGAAAACUUACGAAUAACAUACCCACCAAGAAUACACACUUUAUUUCAAACUCUAGAUCUUACAAUAGAUCAUAUGUUACCAUUUGAAUUAGAAAUUGACAAUUUACUACUAGAAAUUGAAGGAUUAAACGAAAUCUUAGAAGGAAUAGUACAACAAGAAAACUAA